AUGAAGCUCAUCAUCCUGACGGUGGCAAUUUCUCUGGCAGUCCUUGCCAGUGGAUCGUACGUGCCUUCCACGAAAACCGAAGCGAAGUAUGCUGAUAAGGACUUUUUGUUCAAGCAAAAGUUCUUCUUCGAGGUUCUGCGAAACAUCCAUCUGCCGCUGAAGUAUGAGGAGUACAUGCCCUACACCAAGAGCUGGGUUGCGGAUGAGACUAAGUACACCGACUUUGCCCAGGUCGUCGAAUUUUUCGACUUCUACAAGACCGGUGCCUUUUUGGAGAAGGGUGAAAUCUUCACCAUCUACAACGCGCAGUACGUGCGCCAGACCUAUGCCUUGUUCUCGUUCCUGUACAACAGCGCCGACUGGGACACUUACUACAAGAAUCUCAUCUGGGCCCGCGACAAUGUGAACGAAGGCAUGUUCAUCUAUGUCGUCCACCUGACCGUGAUGCACCGCCCGGAUCUGCAAGGCAUCGUUCUGCCGGCCAUCUACGAGAUUUAUCCGUACUUCUUCUACAACACCGACGUUAUCCGCUCCAUCACCUACAAGAAGCUGUACGAUCCCAAGUUCGGUUUCUAUGGCAACGGCAAGUACAACGUGGUGUACGCCAACUACACGCAGUCGUACCCGGUAGAUUACUACAACAGCUUCUACAGCGAGGAGAUCAUCAGCUACUUCACCGAGGACGUUGGCCUGAACUCGUAUUACUACUAUUUCAUGAUGGACUAUCCGUUCAUCCUGGGUGAGGACAAGUUCGGACUGAUGAAGGAUCGUCGCGGAGAGCUCUACUGGUACAUGCACCAGACGCUGUUGGCCCGCUACAACCUGGAGCGUAUGGCAAACUACAUGGGUACGGUGAAGCCGCUGGUGUGGCGCUUCCCGCUUAAGACUGGCUACUUCUCGCUGCUCAGCUACUGGAACGGAGUGCCGUUCAAGAGCCGUGACUUCAACUACAUGAUCAGCGACGAGUCGUACAUGAAGGUGGACUGGAUCAACUCCUGGGAGUCGAAGAUCCGCCAGAUCAUCGAGGCCGGAUACUACAUCAUGGAGGAUGGUUCCCGCAUCAACCUGCGUCUGCCGGAGUCGGUUGAGUUCUUCGGAAACCUGCUCAACUCGAACGUUGAUGCCAUCGAUGCAAACUACGUCGGAUAUGUCGAGGUGUUCUCGCGCCUGCUGCUCUCCGGAAACGACUUCAAUGCCUACAAAGUGUGGCCAUCGGCGCUUAUGCAGUUCGAAACCAGCCUGCGCGAUCCCGUGUUCUACCAGCUGUACGAACGUUUCAUGGACCUGUACUACUACUUCAAGCGCUUCCUGCCAAGCUACACGUACGACGAGCUCAACUUCAACGGAGUCAUCAUCAAGGACGUCGCGGUCGAUAAGCUGGUCACCUACUUCGACUUCUUCGAUGCCGAUGUCUCCAACGUUCUGCCCAUGCAGACCCCCGAGAAGUACUUCGACGGAAGCGUGCUUGCCCGCCAGCAACGCCUGAACCACAAGCCCUUCAGCUACACGAUGAACGUGAUGUCCGAGUACACCGGCAAGGCCAUCGUGCGCAUGUUCCUGGGACCGAAGUUCGACCGCUUCUUCGACCUGCAGUUCUACAAGAAGUACUUCGUUGAGAUCGACCAGUACCUGGUUGACUUCACCGCUGGCCAGAACAGCUUCGUGCGCCAGUCUCGAGACUUCUACUGGAGCGUGAAAGACCGCACCAUGUACACCGAACUGUACAAGAAGACCAUGCUCGGCUUCAACGGCCAGGAGAAGUUCGUCCUUGACAUGUCCGAGGCGCACUGCGGAUUCCCCGACCGUCUGAUCUUGCCGAAGGGCUGGUCCAACGGUAUGCCGAUGCAGUUCUACUUCAUCAUCACGCCGUACACGGCCAAGCCUACCUACGAGCAGGCGGACUUCUACGACAAGAGCUUCUCGUGCGGCGUCGGCUCCGGAAUGCGCUACUACGACACCCUCCCGAUGGGCUAUCCGUUCGAUCGUGUCAUCAACUUCAACUACUUCUACACCAAGAACAUGUACUUCAAGGACGUGCUCAUCUACCACAGCGACGAGAUGAAGAUGAACCACACUUUCUAA